AUGAGUCUAAGGGCCAAAGGCGCGGCUGAAGGGUCAGGUUUCAUUGGAAUUAGAUUUUGUCAAGAGUGCAAUAACAUGUUAUAUCCUCGAGAAGACAAGGAGAACAAGAUAUUGCUGUAUGCUUGCCGAAACUGUGAUUACAAGAUGCGAGCAGAAAAUAAUUGCAUUUACGUAAAUAAGCUCAUGCACGAGAUCGACGAACUGCGUCACAUUAAUCCAGAAGUUGUACAGGACCCGACACUGCCUCGCACUGACGACCAUCCUUGCCCUCGAUGUAAUACACGUGAGGCAGUAUUCUUUCAAGCACAAACCAGGAGAGCUGAAGAUGAGAUGAGACUGUAUUAUGUGUGUUGCAACACUGAGUGUACACACCGCUGGACGGAGUGAAUUUCUGAUUCUUUAGGAUUAUUCAUUUUGCACACAGCUUUCUUGGUGAAUAAACUAAUUAAUUAUAGGAUAUGCAGUUUCUACUCUAUUUGGAAGAGUAAUAUAGUUUGAUUUAAUUUAUGGAUUUUUUGCCAUGGUAGAUUAUGUAUAGCUGUAGGACCAUAACUUCUGAUUGGAAAAAUUGCCAAGGAGCUUC